CUCUGUUUAGCUGAACGUGCAACAAAAAAGCUUCUUGAACUCAGACCGGAUCAAAGUGGUGACUAUGUUCUGUGGACGAUUAUGUAUGCAUCGAUUUGCAGAUGGGAUGGAGCAGAAGAGGUGAGGAAGUUGAUGGGAAAUAGAAGUGUGAGGAAGGAGCCUGGUUGUAGUUUGAUAAAAGUGAACAGUGAAUUGUUUCAUUUCUUGCUAGGUUCAAAGCCUCCUCGAACAAUAAAUUCUCUAGAGUGAUACAGAAUAUUUAUCAACUUUCUUGUUCGCUUUUUUCAUUGCAAGUUGGGCAUGCCAAAGUUUAAAUCUUAGAGAUGGUUAAUGGUUGAUAUAAGUGACGUGAUCUGAGAACCAUAUCUAAAUGCACUGUUUUGGAAUCUUAAUUAUUUGGGUUAAGUUAGCACUCUUUCAGGAGAAGUGAAAGAUACGAAGUGCACUCUCCCUAAAGCUCCUUUUUUCUGCACGUAUAUUGGUUGUUUGUGGAUACUUUGCAGCCCUCUUGACUGGAACUGGAGCUGUUCUCCAUGACUGAUAUGAACUAGUAGAACUAGAUUUGUUUUUGGGUGGUUAAUGCUUUACUCAGACCGAAGCUCCUUCAGGCAAAUUGUAUGGCUGCAAGGGAGAAUUGGUUUCAUUAUUCCAAGACUUAUAGUUGGAUCUCUCUCUCUCUUCUCUCGAACAAAAUGCUCAUGAGGUGCAGGCUGAUUAUUCAAGGUCCUUGCAGCUACAGCACACUACCACUUUAUGCAAUUGUCACACAGGUUCAUACUGAGCCGUCUGUUGUGGUGCAUCACUGCAUCUUUGUCGGCAAGUCGGCAAUGCAACAUGUAUUGUGUUUCCCCUUUAUGGUUGCAAGAUUUCAAGGUUCUGAAAGAAUAUGUCCAGUUCUUGGAUGUAGAAAUUGGCAAUUCCCAGUGGUUAAAGCGUUGCAUAUGAGAAAUCAAGAAGGCUGUUGAGAGGAGCGGUUGUUGGUGAAAAUUUCUGAACAGUUGAUUGUUUCACCAGUAUCUGGUUUAAAAUUUUCACCAUGCAUGUAGAUAGUAUUAGACAGGAUGAAAAUGUUUCGUUCAGCCACCUUUGUUUGGUCACUGAAAG